CGGCUGCUCCCUCUAUCUGCUCGAGUUUCUCCAGCACAGCAGACAAGGCUCACAUCUUCUGCUUUCGCUCCAGCUCAUUCUCUACCAGUACAAGACAGAAAACACAUCAGCAGGAUGUCGUUCACCAAGAAAACUAGCUACUCUGUGAAGUCUUCUUCCUCUGGAUCUGUCCCACGCAGCUUCAGCAGCAUGUCUUACUCUGGCCCCAGCGCCAGCCGACAGAGCUACAGUGUGCGCAGCUCCUAUGGAGGUGGCAAUCGUGGCAUGGGAGCUGGAAUGGGAGGUGGUGGCUUCAUAAGCAGCUCUUCAGCCUAUGGGCUUGGCAUGGGAAUGGGAAUGGGUAUGGGUUCUGGCUCCAUGGCACCCAUUCAAGCAGUCACCGUCAACAAGAGCCUCCUGACACCUCUGAACCUGGAGAUCGACCCCAACAUCCAGAUUGUCCGCAACCAGGAGAAAGAGCAAAUCAAGACCCUCAACAACCGGUUCGCUUCCUUCAUUGAUAAGGUACGUUUCCUGGAGCAACAGAAUAAGAUGCUGGAGACAAAAUGGAGCCUCCUUAACAACCAGACAGCCACGCGCUCCAACAUCGACGCCAUGUUCGAGGCCUACAUCAACAACCUGCGCAGACAACUCGACAGCCUUGGCAAUGACAAAAUGAAGCUGGAGGCUGACCUUCACAACAUGCAAGGUCUCGUUGAGGACUUCAAAAACAAAUAUGAGGAUGAGAUCAACAAACGCACAGAGUGUGAGAACGAGUUUGUGCUCAUCAAGAAGGAUGUUGACGAGGCCUACAUGAAUAAGGUUGAGCUGGAGGCCAAACUGGAAAGCCUCACUGAUGAGAUCAACUUCCUCAGGCAGAUCUUCGAGGAGGAGAUCCGUGAGCUGCAGUCUCAGAUUAAGGACACCUCAGUGGUUGUGGAGAUGGACAACAGCAGGAAUCUUGACAUGGACUCCAUUGUUGCUGAGGUCCGCGCUCAGUAUGAAGACAUCGCAAACCGAAGCCGGGCUGAGGCUGAGAUGUGGUACAAGAGCAAGUACGAGGAGAUGCAGUCAUCUGCAACCAAAUACGGUGACGACCUUAGGUCAACAAAGACAGAGAUCGCUGAUCUUAACCGCAUGAUUCAGAGACUGCAGUCUGAGAUCGAUUCCGUGAAAGGACAGCGCGCCAAUCUGGAGAACCAAAUCGCAGAGGCGGAGGAACGUGGCGAGUUGGCCGUGAGAGACGCCAAGGCCCGCGUUAAGGACCUGGAGGAGGCCCUGCAGAGAGCAAAGCAGGACAUGGCACGCCAGAUCAGGGAAUAUCAGGACCUGAUGAAUGUCAAACUCGCCCUGGACAUUGAAAUCGCCACCUACAGGAAACUCCUGGAAGGAGAAGAGGACAGGCUGGCAAGUGGAAUCCAGUCAAUCAAUAUCUCAAAACAGAGCACAAGCUAUGGCGGUUAUCCCAUGGAAAGUGCAAGCAGCGGCUACAGCAACUAUUCUAGCGGUUAUUCCGGUGGAUACGGUGGCGGCUACAGCUCUGGUGCCGGAUACAGCUCUGGUGGUGGCUACAGCUCUGGUGGUGGCUACAGCUCUGGUGGCGGCUACAGCUCUGGUAGCGGCUACAGCGAGAGCAUCUCUCAGACCAAGAAGAGCGUUGUGAUCAAGAUGAUUGAGACCAAGGAUGGCAAAGUUGUGUCUGAGUCCUCUGAGGUCGUCCAAGAUUGAGCGAGUACCCUUCCCCAAUUCUGUCCUCUAAACAUCACGCCUCUUAUGCAUUCCUGACCUUCCCUCUCAACCAUUAUGACUGUGGUCCAAGGAAUGCAGUCAUAAACCAGGUUGAAAAGCAAUAAACCAUUCACUCUGCCCAAAGAAUUACAGAGGGACCAAAUACUCUCACUGCUCUUGACGUGCCUUAAUCCACAUCACUGAAAACACACGCCCUCAGGCCACUGCACAGCAAUUAUGUCUUCAAGUCUUACCUUGCACAACAUGGCCACAUCUGUAGGCUGGACAAUCCUCGAUGUGCUACUAACAUGAACUAGCCAUUUAGCUGAAUUGUUCAACAUGCUAAGUAAUUGAUUUUCACAUUAACUAUGAAGGGAUACAUUUGCGUUUGUUCUAAGUUACUAGUAUGUUAGUGGUAGAUCCAUGUGGUUUGCCUAUUUAGUACAGACUCUGAUUUAAAUUUCAUUGUACUCUGGCAAAUAAGAAAGUUGCCGCCCAUUGUGUAUCCUGUUUUCCGAGGUGCUGUUUUUGCUACCAAAAAUAAAGUGUUUACCUAAAACUU